AUGGCUAGAAGUCGAGAACAGGGCCGGAAACGAAAGAUUCCCCGCUGCAACAACGACCAGCCAGUUAUUCCAAAAUUGCAGUACAUCGGACAGAAGCUGAAUCAUCCGCUAUUGAUCAAUGACGCUGAAACAAAACUAAAUCGGCGCUCGAGAGCUGAGCUAACCCAAUCUCCCAACAUAGACGUGUCCAGGAUGAUUUGCUUCGCCGGAAUCCCGGCAUGCGUUCUAUCAGCACGAGGCACAGGUCAAAAUUCAAUCAUGGCAGAAGGGCAAGCAGCACACGCUAUGCUGGAUUUCUUCAGAAGCGCUACGUCUCCACUCUUCGUCCAUCAACUGUGUGCGGCUACUGAGAUGAGUCAGCUUGAUGAGCACUUGCCAACGCUUAGAAAGUUUUUGAGCAGUUCGAGAUCGCGGUGGCUGCGGAUUUUUGCAAUAUUUCAAGGUGUUCCCAACUGGAAAACCUCUCUGGACUGCUCCCAACUGGAAACCACCUCGGCAGCACUGGUUCGCGGUCGGGAGGUCAAGAAACGAGUGCUCCAGAAUCUCCGUCAACCGGAAAUCGGAUACAACGCCGCACGGAACGAGGAGCAGAAGCCAGCGGCGCUUCCAGAACCACCGAAAUUGACGCCAAAACGCGUGGAUCCUGAAGUUGUGACCCUCGGAGAUUCAGAAGAGGAGGCUGAGAUAGCCAGCGACGAUGUUCAAGUCCUUCGAGAGAAGAUUCUGAAGAAAAAGGAGGAAAUGGCGAUUAGAGGGAGUCCGAAGAGCCCGUCACCAGAGACGGAGAAGUUGAGACCUACAAUCCCUCAACACCCCCCAUUUUGCAGCCAUCGCCGUCUCGUGGAGCGUGUCGAUUCCACUACCUACUUUGGUGAGCUCAACACCUCCCGUCAAGGCCCAUCCGACGUCUUCUGCUCUCUUCCCAACACCAACACCAUCCGCUACGCCGUCGCCGAGUCUGAAGACGAUGAAUCAGAUGAUGGAGAGGAGGCGGUGCCAAGUAAACGAGCCAAGAUGGGAGAGCAAGGGGAUGAGGUGAUUGUGCUGAAUACAACGUCUUCUGGAGAGGCUCCAGGGACGUCUUCAGGAGGAAAAGCCAAAAAAGACACUGACGAAUUCGGCUCAGAAAUCGGAGACAUAGUCGAUGAGUGGGAUGAGUCUGAUGACGUGGCGUCGACGAUCCCAGAUCCAGACUCCACGAAGCCAGAGUCUCCGACAUCGAGCACUGAUAUGACUGAUAGCAUGUACAAUGGCCAUCCGAACCAUCGGAGUUUGAUCGCCUCUCUCGGCCUUCCAUCCAACUAUCAGGCCAGAACGAUCGGCGUCGUGCUGAAUGAGAAAAUGGCUGUAGACGUGGAGAGCUACGUGGCAAAAGUGGUCGAGAAGUCCCUGGAUUCUAUCACCUGGUUGAGUAGACUGUGUUGGGAUCACUACCGUAUGAAUUCGCAACCGGAUCCAGUUCUGGAUAUGAAGCUAGACGCUCGUCGGAUGCUUCAUCGAGAGUUUCAGAGGCUAUUCCCGGAUAAGUGUGUGAUGAUGCAGAUCACGGGAUCCACGAUCAACGGGUGUGGAUCUUAUAAUUCGGAUGUGGAUAUGUGCUUGUGCUACCCAACGAACAGCUAUAAGGGAACGGUGUUCGAUGACUUCCAGAACGAGAGGAGUCAGUCGGCGAAGGUUUUGAGGAAGUUGGAUAAGGCGAUCAGGAGAUCCAAACCAGGCCAUCCACUUCGUCAACACAUCAGAUACUGUGAAAUGGUUCCAGCGAAGGUACCAAUUAUCAAAUUGAAAAUGCAAGGAGCGUAUCCAGACAUGGAGGUGGAUAUCAAUGUGAACAAUAUCGCUGGAAUCUACAAUUCCCAUCUCACACACUAUUACUCGUUAAUCGACGCUCGCUUCCCGGUCCUAGCGCUCGCCAUCAAGCACUGGGCGAGUCGUCAAGGUGUCAACAACGCGCAGGCCGGAUAUCUCAACAGCUACACCAUCAUCCUGCUCGUCGUCCACUUCCUACAGUGUGGUGUCUCACCGGCGGUCCUUCCCAAUCUACAGUACUUGUUCCCCGAGAAGUUUGACAAGAAACUGCCGAUCAGCGCGUUGCAGUUGUAUGGAGACAUUGCUGAGCGAUUGCCGACAUCCGCCCCGAACACGUGGUCGAUCGGAGAGCUGUUCGUCGGAUUCUUCCACUACUACGCUCACUUUGACUUCUCGACUCAAGCGAUCUCAGUUCGUUCGGCGCAAGUUGUUCCACGAAGCAGUCUUCCCCAUCACAUGGCCAAUUAUCCCAUUUUCGUCGAGGAACCAUUCGAUGCGAUCAACACGGCUCGCUCCGUCCGAACCCCCAAUCACUUGAAUUUCAUCAAAAGAGAAUUCCGGAGAGCUGUCGCUAUCAUCAAUCAACCUAGAUUCACACUUCGUGAGAUCGGUGUCCACGUGUCGGGUGAUGAGCAAUGUCCGCUUUAG